AGGCCAUUAAUUUGUAACAGGGUUUAAAAGCUAGGGUUUUCUACGUAGUUGUCCGAAGAAUGUAUGUGUACCAGCCCUAAUUUUCAAUUCGAUCACAAUCAGAACCAGCCCAAAAUCUGAGCGAACAAAGCUCCGGCAACGACGAGAACAGGAACACAUCGCCGGAAAACAAAGCUGAAGAUUGAUCAUCAAGGUCGAUUGACUUCAUCUCUGAAGACCGAUAGACUUCAUCUGUCUUGCACGCGCCCUUGUAGCUCGAGGAUCUCCAUCUGUUUGUUUCUCGAGCACCAUAAGACAUUUCAAAUUUCUGAUCGUCUGUGCAGUGAAGCAUCGACUAGUAGUCCCUAACAGGAGUUCGCAAAAUGUCAAGUGGGACUGGGCUCGAAAAUCUAGUAGAUCAAACAAUUUCUGUGAUAACAAAUGACGGGCGCAACAUAGUGGGCGUGUUAAAAGGUUUUGACCAGGCUACGAACAUAAUUCUUGAUGAAUCUCAUGAACGCGUUUACUCAACCAAGGAAGGUGUCCAGCAACUUGUGUUAGGUCUUUACAUCAUCAGAGGGGACAACAUAAGCAUUAUGGGGGAGAUUGAUGAAGAACUGGAUGCCGGCCUUGAUUUGUCGAAACUGAGAGCUCAUCCUCUAAAGCCUGUUAUCCAUUGACGGGCAGUUAUUUGCUGUGUAAAGACUGUAUGUACUUGAAUUGGAUUUAGAUGAGUAAGAUUGGUUUGGAUGUUGUAUGAGGCACUAAAUGCACUUAAAAACAUGCAAUGCACUUCUUACAAAGAGGGGUUUUUGAUA